AAACUUAUUACUAAAACAACUGUCGUGCAAAUAAGUUCAAUCUCAUUCAACAUGUUUCGCUCUAUUUUAAUUGUCUGCUUUGUGGCAGCUCCCGUUUUUGGACAUUCUAUUGGUGCUCCUACGUCCGUUUGUGAAAAUGGUCUAAGUGUUGGUCAUCAUGCUGUACCACAAACUACUGAAGCUCCCUAUAGUUUUUCUGGUGAAAAUAACGUGAAAUCGGGUGAAAAAAUUUCUCUUACUUUGAGUGGUGAUGAUUUCUUGGGUUAUGUUUUACAAGCCCAAAAUGCACAGGAACAACCUGUUGGUACUUUUAAAAUUGUUGAAGCUAAUAAAUCACAACUUUUAAAAUGUUCAGCUGAAGGAGAUACCUUAACCCAUGUACAGUUGGAUAAAAAACCUAUUACUAGUGUGGAAUUUGAAUGGUUAGCCCCAGCUGAUUAUAAAGGAAAUGUUAAAUUUAUUGCUACUGUUGUCAAGGAUUAUGCCACUUUCUGGGAACGAAAAGUAACCAAAAAUGUUGUGGUUGAAUAAAUUUUGUAAAAUAUUUUGAAAAAGUUUUUAAAUAGAAAACGGUUGUUCUUAAAAAAGUAA